CUCACUUUUUCCCCUCAUUAAGAGCGCUUUUGGGCAGACCGGGGCGGAAGUGGCACAUUUUUGCUUCGGCCGAUUUCUCCGCUCCCUUUGCCCUCUGCAACUCAGGUGAAAUUAUACGUAGAGGGUGAAAAGGAAGGAGAAGGAAAGAAUGGGGUACAUUGGAGCGCAUGGAGCUGCGGCGUUGCAUAAGCACAAGUAUAGUGGAGUGGACAACUCUGUAUUAGCCAAAUAUGUGUUGCAGCCUUUUUGGACUCGCUGUGUUAAUCUAUUCCCUCUUUGGAUGCCACCUAACAUGAUUACUCUUACAGGAUCAAUGUUUUUGGUUACAUCUGCAUUGCUUGGAUAUAUAUAUUCACCUCAACUGGAUUCACCUCCUCCAAGAUGGGUGCAUUUCGCCCACGGAUUACUGCUCUUCUUAUAUCAAACAUUUGAUGCUGUUGAUGGAAAACAAGCAAGAAGAACAAAUUCUUCUAGUCCAUUGGGAGAACUUUUUGACCAUGGAUGUGAUGCUCUUGGAUGUGCGUUUGAGUCCUUGGCCUUCGGGAGCACAGCUAUGUGUGGUGGGAGUACUUUCUGGUUCUGGGUUAUAUCAGCAGUCCCUUUUUACUGUGCUACGUGGGAAUACUAUUUCACCAAAACUCUCAUUCUUCCAGUUGUAAAUGGACCUACAGAAGGUCUUAUGUUGAUAUAUAUGAUCCAUUUCUUCACAGCUAUCGUUGGUGCUCAGUGGUGGGUCCAGCAGUUCGGGAAAUCCAUCCCAUUCUUGAAUUGGAUUCCCUUUGUAAAAGAUAUGACAAUGUAUAAAGCUGCAUUGUUUCUAAUGAUAAUGUUUGCUGUUAUACCUACAAUUUCAUGCAAUGUGUACAAUGUUUAUAAGGUUGUUCAGGCAAGAAAGGGAAGCAUGCUGCUAGCUUUGGCAAUGCUUUAUCCUUUUGUUGUGCUACUCAGUGGAGUUCUCGUGUGGGAUUACUUGUCUCCUUCUGAUUUAAUGGCCAACUAUCCGCAUCUGGUCAUAGUGGGUAUUGGGCUAGCGUUCGGCUUUCUUGUGGGAAGGCUGAUUCUCGCUCACCUUUGUGAUGAACCCAAGGGCUUGAAAACAAAUAUGUGCAUGUCUUUAUUUUAUCUGCCUUUCGCCAUUGCCAAUGCCCUCACUGCCAGGCUAAAUGAUGGAGUUCCUUUAGUUGAUGAGUUCUGGAUUCUUCUUGGUUUUGUUGCAUAUACGGUGGUGCUGUAUUUGCAUUUUGCCACAUCAGUUGUUCACGAAAUAACAACAGCCCUGGGGAUUUACUGCUUCAGGAUAACCAGGAAAGAAGCAUAAAGCUUCAUUACCAUAUCACCUGGCUGUGCUCCUGUACCUUGAGCCAACUCAUCUUCCACGGAACACUUUCUGGCUGGCAACUUCGACUUUGCAAAUAUGGCAUGAUAUUGGAGCUUUCCAGCUCAAUUUUUUGGCUGAACGUUCAUAAAAACUUUGAGGUUGUGACUAUAUUUGCUUAAUUUUUUUCACUGUUGUAUUUGUUAAAUUACCACUUUGGCAACCCCUUUCAUCUGUGUAAGUCCACUCAUCAUUGACAUCGGAACCACAUUACUUGGUAGAUUUGAUGCCUGUUUGUCGAGAUCUUGAAUGUUGUAACGUAAGCAUAUAGCAAAGUUGAUAUCGAUUCAGAGCAUUCAAACUACA